AUUUGUCAUUUGUCAGACAUUAUUUUUAAGUUUGAUUUUGUAAAUGCUUGUUGUUAGCGUUUGUUUUUGAAUUAUAAUAUAGUUCAAAUUAAAACAGUGUUCCUAAAUUAGUAAAUAGUAUUGCAAUGGCUCAAACAGAAGAUACUGAACUUAGGGAUUUAGUGAUUGAAGCCUUGGAAAAAAACGGAUCUCUUGCUAAAAUCCGUGCAUUACUUCGAGCGAACAUUUUUUUAGCUUUUGAAGAUGAAUGCGAAAAUUUAAAACAAAACGAAACAUUAGAUAAAGUAUUGUUACAACCAGCAGGUAAAUUAUGUCUUUCUAUUGUCCAUGAUUUCUUAGAUUUUUGCAACCUCAGAAACACAUUGUUCGUGUACAAAUCUGAAACAAGACAAGGAAAGGAGUACCAAUAUGAAGGCAGGAAUACUGUCGCUGAUAAAUUAAAUUUAAAGCAAUCAGAUCAACAAAAUCAGCCUAUUUUAUUGUCUUUAAUCAAUAACAUUCUUUAUCCGUGCCCGAAAAAUGCCUAUAAGCAAGAUGAUAAACAUACUAAUAUGAAACGGCUAAAUAGGAAUAAAAACAUGUAUAAAGGUGACCAAGAUUGUACAUACAUAGUACACGAGGACUCCAGCACUACCACAAGUCGCACUCAGUCUGACAAUUCAUCAGAUGAAAAACAUAAACUUGACCUGAGAUUGACACUAGACAAUUCUGAUACAGAUACAUCAAGUGAAUCUGUAAGAAGCAGGACUAGAUCAGAAUAUAUUCCAAAUAAACAUACACAAGAUAUUGGAAGAAAUGAUCAGAACAUUACACAAACAAACCAACUGCCGAACAAUUUUGUCAAAGACGUAAAAGUUUUAAAUAACAGCAGUACAGAAUCUACCUCUUAUGUUGAGUUAAAACCAUUUAAUAAAAUAGAUGCAAUCCUACUAAAUACAACAGGUUUACCGGUAGAAGAAAAAAAAGACACUACACAUUCACUACAAAACAAUUCCCAUUCUUCUAUUUCGAAAGUGGAUGAUUCAUCACAAAUUCAAUCAUCAAACAGUAUCUCUGACACAAUAAAAAAGGAUUUAAGCCAUCAAGAUUCCAAGACAAGUAUGAAAAAUUCUCCAGAAGCAUUGAACAAGUACAAUGAGACAACUGAAUAUAGUUAUGAUUUUAUAUCACCUCCCCAAUCAGGACGAAAUGAUAAUACUGAAAAGCAAUCACCGAGUCCAAAGUCUGCACAUGAAGAUACAAUCAAUAAAUCAAAUAAUUCAUCAGUAUCCAGCCAUAAACAGAAUUCAAUAAGCUCUCAAAGCUCCAUAUCAAUAUCUGAUGUUGCCGAUUUAAUAAGUGAAAAAAGUAGCUAUAAGCAUAGUUCCAAUUCACCUAAUCAAUUUAAAUUGCCAAUUAACGACAAGUCAAAUAGAAUUCUUAAUAGAGAUCAGGUUAAAAUGGUUAGUGAUGAUUCGGGUGACUUUUCUGAAUCACCUGUUCCAUCUCUUUCUAACCUUAGUCUUGAUAUUCAUAGUGACUGAAAAAGUAUCCUUAGUUAAAGGAUGGUUUUAACACAUUACACCUUGAAACAAAUAUUUUAAUGAGAAACAAGCAAACUUUAAUAUUAGUAGCUGGUCUAAUUGUAAAAUAUUGUACUUAAAAUAUGUGAUUUUAAUGAUUGUUAUGUAUAUGUACUAAACUAUAUGUAUAUCUAGUUUAAUGUAUUUAAUUUUUCAAUGGAGGAUUUUGAAUUUAUAUUUUUAAGAAGUGUAUUUUGUUGUUUAUGCAAAACAAUAGUUUGAACAGUUUAAUAUUAUACAAAAAACUAUUCAAUUACCUAUUUAUUUUAUUGUAAAUGUAACUCAAACUAUGGAUAAUAUUGUAUACAGAAUGAAGAAAUUAACUAUAGCAUAUUGUGAAUAACUACAGAAGCAAAAGAAACAAAAGAUAAAUAUGUUGUUUAACAUCCUAUUAUAUAUUAGAAUUAGGGUGAUAUACUGCCAAGGACAUGUGGUGUAGCAGUUGACAAAAUUACAACACAAAGUUGAGAUGAAAUAAUGAUAAUAUUUUUUAGGAUAAAUCUAAGUAAAAUUCUUGUCAAAUUACUAUAUAGGGCUAACUGUGCGAUUUAUGUUUGUGUGUCCCCUUGCCCUCGUAAUCUUAACAAAGUAAAUAUAUCAAGCUGUUUAUCUUAUCUAAACAAUGAUUAAAUAGUGUCUCCUAAUAGCUAUUAAAUGUCCCAUAAUAAGUAUUCUCAGUUUCUCCCAAGUCUCGCUUACUUUAUGUAGUAUUCACUUACCAAGCAUUAAUAACAUCAGCCCAACUUUUUAAACGUCUCAGACCUUGUGGUCUUCAAUACAAUAUACAGAUUGACAAUGUUUUUCUUGUAUAUGCAAGUCUUUAUAAUAACAGUAUUAUAUUCUUAACGUACAUCCACAUAUACAUAUUACUGAAUGUUCUAAAAUGUUCUGCUAGUUAUAUUUAUAUAAAUAAUACUUUAUUGGUUUUAAACAAAUUUUUGUAAUAACUAUUUAACUUUUACUACUACGCUUGUGAUUGAAACUCAAUAGAUUAUAAUUAUUAUUUAUUUAGAAGGGAAAAUAAAUUGCAGUCCAAAAAAUGAGAAGUUAAUAAAGAUUAGCACAGACAUAAGGUAAAAAAAUAAUUAUAAUCUGUUGUUGUAACUUGAUUUCCUAAAAUUGCAUUUAUAUAUCAUUCCAUAAUGUAGUUAAUGAUGAAAAUGUCUAAUAAGCCUGUAUUUAUUCCGAUCAAACGAUUUAUUUUGCUAAUGGUUGUGCCUUAACACUCUGAAACAAGUUUAAACAUGGUUCCUCAAAACAUUCAGUCGAAUAAAAUCUAGUCCUAUGUCUGUUCUUUUUGAGAACAAAACAAGUUCCGUCCAAAUUGCUCCGAUUUCAUGACUCUGGUGUUGCUUUAAAUCGCAAACAAUAUGUAAAAAUGUUUUAAUAAAUGCUUUUUAUUUGCUUAA